CUAGCACUACAUGCCGUUCUGACGAUUGGCAGCCGACAGGCGACAGCGUUAGUUUCAAGUUUUGUUCAAAGGCUUGAAAAGUUUUCUAUUCGCCAAAUCUUAAUUUUUAUUCUUUUCGACCAUGCCUAAAUACUACUGCGAUUAUUGUGACACUUACUUGACACAUGAUUCGCCAUCUGUACGAAAGACACAUUGCUCUGGAAGGAAGCAUAAAGAAAAUGUAAAAUUUUACUAUCAAAAGUGGAUGGAAGAUCAAGCUCAAAGUCUCAUUGAUGCGACUAUUGAAGCUUACAAAAAGGGAAUUAUGAAAGGCGGUGCUGCCAUUCCACCACCAGGAAACUUGAACUUACCAGGAAUGCCUCCAAGACCUCCAGGUCCAGGACAAAUGAUGGGACCAGGAGGUCCAAUGAUGGGAGGUCCACCUGGAGGACCAAUGAUGGGUCCUGGAGGGCCUAUGGGUAUGCCAGGUGGACGUCCACCGAUGGGCCAAAUGGGACCAGGAGGACCAAUGAAUCCAAUGGGACCUAUGAUGAUGGGUCCUGGACCAGGAGGACCAAUGCAUCAUAUGAUGAUGAGACCAGGAAUGCCAGGCAUGCCUGGAAUGCAACCAGGUAUGCAACCAGGCAUGCAACCAGGCAUGCAACCAGGCAUGCAACCAGGCAUGCAACCAGGCAUGCAACCAGGCAUGCAACCAGGCAUGCAACCAGGAAUGCAACCAGGAAUGCAACCUGGUAUGCCAGGAAGACAACAAGCUCCUCAAGCGCCUGGAACACAAGCAACAUAAGCAACAUGAUUUUUCUUUGUAUUGACUUUGCUUUUCAUUAAACAUACCUUCGUUCAAACAUGGUUUCUAAUAUGUCGUCGUUCUGACGAGUGACGAUCACACGUAGCACAGAAACAUAUGAAACUAAGGCGCAAAUUUGUACACAUAAUAUACUCGAAAGGUACAAUCUUGUUUAGAUAUAGAAUAGAAAAAGAUUGAGAGAAAGAAGAAUGAUAUGCUCAGCCCGAGAAAAAAAAAAGGGAAUUCUGGUCUUGUUAAAUAUAAACAAAAUAUCAGCCCGACUGAAGGAACGAUCAAUUAAUAGUCACCACAGCCAACAAAUAUCUGGAUUAGAAAAUCAGGGGAAAAUAUAGAGAAAGAAAAAUCAAACACGAUGAGCAGGAACUCAAG